ACAGCGGAGCAGGUUCGAGCUAGGUGGUGUGAUCCAUUCAGACAAGUAACUAACAAAAACGGUCGUGUCCGUUCGUGACAUUUGCUAUAGCUAGCUAGCUCCAGCUCCCAUGGCGACGGCGGCGGAGAACAAGAACGAGCCGGCGCGGCCAUUCGCGGUGCCAUCCCCGUCGGUCCACCCGGCGGCGACCGGCGUGGGGGAGGAGGAGGAGGCGCAGGCGGCGACGGGGUGGCGGUCCAUGCAGUACCUCCGGAAGCGGCGGCGCGCGCUCUGCUGCUGCGGCUGCUGCGUGACCACCCUGGUCGUCGUCGGCCUCGUCAUCCUCGUCCUCGCGCUCACCGUGUUCAGGGUGAAGGACCCCCGCAUCACCAUGAACGGCGUGUGGGUGACGGCCAUCAGCACCGGCCCCGGCACCGGCGCCGGCAUCGGGAGCACCGUGGCGACCAACGCGACGCUCACCGCCGACGUCUCGGUCAAGAACCCCAACGCCGCGUCGCUCCGGUUCUCCCGGAGCGAGACGGACGUGUACUACAAGGGGAAGACGGUGAGCGUGGCGUACGUCCCCGCCGGCAGCGUCGGCGCCGACCGGACGGUGCGGAUGAACAUCACGCUCGACCUGCUCGCCGACCGCCUCGCGUCGGUGCUCAACGGCACGGGGCUGAUACUCGGGCAGGAGUACGACCUGACCACCUACACGGCGAUGAGGGCGAGGGUCAGCGUGCUGGGGAUCAUCAAGAAGAGCCUCGACGUUCGGAUGAACUGCUCGGUCAUCUUGGACGUCGCCGGCAUCGCCGGCGUGCUGCUGCCCGGGGACGGGGCCAAGUCGGGCGUGCAGACUAGGAGCGUGGAUUGCGUUGCAAUCGUGAGCUGAUCAGCGGUUUUCUUGUGUGAGUACUGCAUUGUCAUUACAGCACCUCAUUACAUAUGAAUAUGUAUUUUUCUGGAUGUAUAUUCUGCUACUCUCGUAUGUAUGUUUUUCUGGAUAUAUAUUAUGCUACUUUCGUGUGUUCACAGAUCGAAUUCUCUCUAGGAAAUAAUACCCAAUAGCAUUAUUA